UCGAUAUCACGGAAAUUCCUCAUGGCAAAACCUGUUUGACGAUUGCUUCUUGUUGUCUUCAGUUUUCAAAUUAAAUUCAAUAAUAACAGGACGUCGAAGUUAAGAUCCGAAACUAAUAGCAAUUGCAAUGUAAAUAUACAAUACUUUUGUAUACUUUUCGAAUAUCCUACGCGCGUAAAUCUGAUGAAUUGAGUUGAAAGUUCAAAAUUCGAAUUUAUUUUUGAAACGACCAAUCUCCGACUUAAUGAUGCUUUUAACCACAAUCAUAACACUAUUGACAUUAAAUACAGUGCGUUCGCAAAAACCUUCGCCAUGUCCACACGUCUUGAUCUACGAACCCAAAAAUUCAGAAAACGAUAGAUGGUACGCUGUUGUUAAUUUGAGUUCCAGGGAGUCUCUGAGGGGACUCUGGCUGACCAUAACGUUGGACAGACCAGCGGAACUGCUUGGUAACAUCUUCGGAGACGCGGCCACGACAAACAACCGGGAAUUCUUGAUAAGGAGCAACAAUUACGUUUUGGAAGCUGGGACGGUGACCCCCGUACGUUUCUUCGUGAAAUAUAACUCCGGAGGGAAUGUACCGAGCGUCAGCGAGAUAAAUCUGAACGGUAGGAGCAUUUGUUCUGCUACGGACGAACAAACGACCGUCAGAAAUUCCGCAAGACCUACCACCUCCAAUCGAAAAUCCUCGAACACGAACGGCAGGCCUAGUUCUUCGGCUACAACUAGACCUACCCACGUUGAUACGUCUAGUAGACCAAAUUCCAACGCUAGACCUUUAGGUUUCACUUCAGAGAGGCCGAGCAGACCUGUGAACACGAACCAGGAGGUCCAAAGACCUAACAGACCCUCAAACUCUAACGCUAGACCAACAACCGAAUACCUGGAGUUGGUAACGCCUAACCGGCCUUCACAUGCCAAUGCUAGACCUUCAAGUUUCACUGAGGACUUGGAGGUAGUGAGACCAAACAGGCCCAUCAAUGGUAGACCUUCCAGCUCCACUGACGACUUGGAGGUAGCUAGACCUAGCAGACCUUCCAGCUCAACAGAUCGUCAUGAGCUGGAUGGCUAUAACAGGCCUGACAGGAUAAAUCCGGAUGCAGAAGUGAUCAGUUUUAGACCUGAAGGACCGGAUAAUGGGUACAACCAAGGCUCCACUGGUUAUGGUAACGGAUACAAUGUGAACGGAGAUAACCAGCCCUCUUAUGGGAAUAACAGGGAACCAGAUGGGUUCAGCGCCAACACCAAUUACAACCAAGGGUCUUCCAGCUUAUCGGCAUCUUCACAGGACAAUGACGACUUCUUCGCUGGUGAUUUUUCAGCAAUUGUUAGCAGACCACCGUCCAAUCCAUCAACAAGACCGAGCGCCCCCAGAAACCAGAGAUGUGGAUUGGUGGCCACUCAGGCUAGACCAUUGAUUUCUUACGGCCAAGAUACCGAACCUGGUCAGUGGCCUUGGCACACUGCCCUUUACCAUUCCAAGGGAAUCCAGUUAAUGUACACAUGCGGUGGUACUUUGAUUUCCACUAGCCACAUUUUGACUGCAGCUCACUGCGUCACAAAGCCACGAACAAAUAGACCCAUAAAUCCCCAAAAUAUUCUAGCUUAUCUAGGAAAGUAUAACCUUCGAAAGUUUGGCUCUGAAAUUCAAGACAGAGAGGUUGGGGACAUAUACAUCCAUCCACAAUACAACUAUUCCGGAUAUUACAACGAUAUAGCUAUCCUCAGGCUUGUAGAACCGGUCGAAAUCACAAAUUACGUGAGACCUGUUUGCCUAUGGGAUGAGCAUACAGAUUUGAACGAAGUGGAGGGAAAACUUGGUACUGUUGUUGGAUGGGGUUUUAACGAAAAUGGAGUCUUAACGACAACUCUCAUGCAGGCACAAAUGCCAAUAGUGUCUCUCGCUAAAUGUAUAUAUUCCAACAGGGAUUUUUUCUCGCAAUUUACUUCGGAAAAAAGUUUCUGUGCAGGUUUCAGAAAUGGAACCUCGGUGUGCAAUGGGGAUAGUGGAGGUGGUAUGGUCUUUCCCAGAAGGGGUACAAGUGGUUCAAAUACAGUCUGGCAAAUAAGAGGCUUAGUCAGCGUUGGGGUGGCAUUUCAAGGGAAAAUUAUUUGUGAUACAUCCCAAUAUGUGGUGUUUACAGAUGUUGCUAAGCAUCUGGACUGGAUUCAGACAGUUUUGAACAAUUAUCCAUAAGGAUUCUUUGAUCUCUUUCAUUCCUCAACAUAAAAUUCUACAAGAAUCUCAUACAUGAGACACUAGAUAUAUUUGUGAUAUUUUAUAUGAUAGAUAUUUAGAUUUCUUGACCUUAGGAAAGGACUGCAAAAUAAUUUAUGGUAGAAAUAAACUAUUUCAUAAUUUUACAAA